AUGAUUUUAAGGAGCGUUAAUCAUGAAAAUGUUGUUCGCUUUUAUGGGGCAUGCACAAAGCAGCGAAAGUAUCUCAUUGUAACAGAGUACAUGGCUGGAGGUAAUCUGUAUGACUUCCUUCACAAGCAUAACAAUGCCUUGGAGCUUUCCUUGAUUCUUAGGAUUGCUAUUGGCAUAUCAAAAGGCAUGGAUUAUUUGCACCAGAAUAACAUCAUCCAUAGAGACUUAAAGUCUGCCAAUUUACUAAUUGGCAAUGGUCAAAUCGUGAAGAUUGCAGAUUUUGGUGUCUCUCGUCAACGAUCGCAAGAGGGUGAUAUGACUGCUGAAACUGGCACCUACAGAUGGAUGGCACCUGAGGUGAUAAACCAUAAGCCUUAUGAUCACAAGGCAGAUGUCUUCAGCUUUGCUAUUGUUCUAUGGGAGUUGGUCACUUCAAAGGUCCCAUAUGAAAACCUGACACCAUUGCAAGCGGCACUGUCAGUAAGGCAGGGACUUCGUUUGGUGAUUCCCUCAGGUGUGCAUCCGAGAUUGUCUAAAUUGAUUCAACGGUGUUGGGGCGAAAACCCCCAUACGCGACCCGUUUUCUCUGAGAUCACCGCGGAACUGGAAGAUAUCUUGCGGCCUAUUCAGCAUGUUUCUGCAGGCCGCCUCCAGCUCCAAAGGAGGCCAUCGACAUACCAAACAAAAGAUACAGAUGAAAUCACAGCGAUAGAAAGAAGGCGCAUGCUCCUGGACCCUCUUUUCACAUUGUCGCCCACUAAAAAGCGCGACAUGCGCACACCGUCUCCUGUAUAUAUGUCAUGUACAUAA